CAUGCCAUGUCUAGCCCACUUUGCCCUUGAAAAAGAGAGAGAGAGGGAGAGAAAUCUCUUCGUAAUAAACGAUCUGACGUCUGCAGUUUCUUGACCUUUGACCGUUACACGUGAACGAAUCUGAUUUAUCCUUGUACAGCACCCAGAUAGUAUGUAGUUUCGCAGCUUGUCAAAGAUCCCAGUCCCUAGAUCAAAAGACCCUCACUUCUCAAGCUACCCCUUCAACAAUUUAUAUAAUCCCCCGGGACUCCCCACUUCCGCGCUUAAAGAUCUGCUUCAAAUUCUGAGCUUAAAGUUUCAUUUAUUGAAGCAGAAAAAUAUCUUGAGCGAAAUGGCCAUCAGGAAACCUGGUUUAAUUGCUUUAUUUGAUAUGGAUGGGACCCUUACUGCUCCAAGAAAGGUGGCCAUUCCAAAGCUGUUAGAAUUCAUGCGGGAACUUCGAAAGGUUGUGACAGUCGGAGUCGUGGGAGGAUCUGACCUUACUAAAAUAUCAGAGCAGCUUGGGAAGACAGUUAUUGAUGACUACGAUUAUGUAUUUUCUGAGAAUGGUCUUGUGGCUCAUAAAGAUGGGAAGCUUAUUGACACCCAGAGCUUAAAGACAUUUCUUGGAGAAGAGAAACUCAAGGAAUUUAUCAAUUUUACACUCCAUUAUAUUGCUGACUUGGAUAUCCCUAUAAAAAGGGGAACAUUUAUAGAGUUCCGAAGUGGCAUGAUCAAUGUAUCACCAAUUGGGAGAAACUGCAGCCAAGAAGAAAGGGAUGAAUUUGAAAAGUAUGACAAGGUUCUCAACAUUUGCCCGAAAAUGGUUUCUAUGCUUCGCGAGAAGUUUGCUCACCUUAACCUGACAUUUUCAAUAGGAGGACAAAUAAGUUUUGAUGUUUUCCCUCAAGGUUGGGACAAGACAUACUGCUUGAGAUACCUGGAUGAUUUUCAUGAGAUCCAUUUCUUUGGUGACAAAACUUACAAGGGUGGGAACGACCAUGAAAUUUAUGAAUCAGAACGAACUGUCGGUCACACAGUUACCAGUCCUGAAGAUACAAUGGAGCAGUGUAAAGCUCUGUUCCUUGCAAACCCCUGAGCAUUGGGCAACGUUUUGAUUUUCCAAAUUUAUGCCAUUUGUAAUUUACAUGUAUGAGUAAUCAAGCUAGGCGAAGGAUUCCUUUCUUUGUUAAAGAAGUACUGUAAUUCAUUCUUGAACUAUGAUAUCUAUGUAUGCAUGCUUUUAUCUGAUAAGCAAUUACAUUGUGAUUUCUUAUUCAUUCA